CACAGACCUAGAAUAAGGAUGUCUCAUCAUCAGUCUGACACACAGAGUCACACAAGGCCAGAUGUCUUGGAAGGUCGUUUGAGGAGUCAGGAUAGGCCGCUAGCUGUGCUGCUAGAGCAAGCUCUCAGAAUCAAAGAGGAGGUGACAGCUGGUCUGCAGUCCAGCCAUGGCUCUGUCCAAAUUGAGGCACUGUCCCGCAAGCUGUUGGAGAAUCACAUACUCACCAUUACGCGUAUUGUUAAACAACUCAGCAUGGGCAUACAGGAAUUAGAGAAAGAGAUGGCCCAGCGGGACUCUGUUACCUCUGGAAUGGCGCACGCUGUUCAAAACAUGGACCAGAAAAACACAGCUGGCGUCGGAGACUUGAGAGGAAGAGUAGCCAGGUGUGAUUCCAGCAUUGCCAAGCUCAGCGCUGACGUGAGCUUCAGAGAGCAGCAGGUGAUCAGACUGCAGAGGGAGGUUCGAGAGCUCAGGGAAGCUGUGAAUGGACAGCUCAAAGAGCUGGAGGACAAGAUUCAUGUUGAGCUUAGUAGACUGGAGGCCUUACUGACAAAGUCUUCUAAGGACCUAAAACACUCGAUGUCUGAUCUGCUUGGACAAGUUAAGCUACUAGAAGACAAGAUGACAGGAGAGCUUGACGAGGGCAAGGAGCAAACAGCAAAGCUGAGGACCUGGACAGAACAACAGCUCAAGAGCUCUCUCCAGUCACAUGCCAAGGACAACCAGGAGCUGGUUUCACUAUUACAAGACAAAAUGUUAGGGGCGGAGUCUAGAUUGGCUGACCGCCUGCUUGCCCUGGAGGCACGUGUGGAGAAGUUUGACAUCCAGCAGAACCAGGCUGACCGCAGUCGGCAUGAUCAGCUGAAACGCUCAGAAGACAAACUUAGCAGAAGAAUAACCUUAGUGGAGAACAACCUUCAUCAGGAGCUGCAGCUGCUCAAACAGCAGUACCACAAAGGGUUCCAGUCUGUGCAUGAUGCAAUUGAAUCACUGAGUCAGAUAUGUGACAUCAAAUCUCGCCUUGACAAGGAGAAGCUUGAGAAGGAUAUCAGCUACAUCCGCAGCAAGGUGACGGAGUGCUAGUGACAUACGCUAAAGAGGAACUUGUUUUUUCUUGUCACACCUAUCCUGAAGCAAAAGCUUGGAUCAAAGGCUUGGAAGUAAAACCCUCUGGGUGUUACUACAUCCAUCUUUAAAAACAAAAAAACACUGCUGUUUUAACUGUAUUUAAUCUACCUGCGCUUUAAAAACCAGGUAAAUGAUCCAGUAAGUACUGUAUAUUAGCAAAUCACCAAGAGCUGCUAUUCACAGUAAGAUACCUACCUUUUCACAACAUUUUGAACUUUGCAAUGUUUUGACUGUAAAGCCUUUAAAUACCAUUGUACUUAAAUGAUAUCACACUGAUAAACUUGUGUAUUUUGAAUAUUAUUUUAGUAUUA